AUUUUCUCUUUAUAAUAGUUGGCUGAAUUAGAAUUAAAUUUGAUUUAGUUAAAUUGUUUUCUCUUUUAUUUUGUUUACCCCUCAUCAAUUGUCAUUAAUCAACCUUCUUUUCUUAAUUAGAUUGAAUAGUAUUAAGUGUCAAUAAUGGAAUUACUGGUUGAAAAUUUACCAAAUAUUCGGGUUCCAGCUCUUGGAGAUAAAAUUUUCAAAGAUGAAUGUGUCUACAGUUAUGAUACACCGGAAUCCGAGGAAGGUUUAUAUGUUUGUAUGAAGACAUUCCUUGGUUUUAGCGCUAAAUAUGUCAAUCUUCACUAUGAGAAGACAAAUUCAAGAGUUUACCUUAAAUUGAAACGAAUCAAAAUCCAUGAGCCAAGUGAAACCGGUGAUGGUGAGCAACCAAAGAAAAUAACUAAACUCGCCAUUGGAAUUGAAGGUGGUUAUAACCCUGGGGGCGAAGGUAAAUUCUCUUACCAUGAGCAAAAUGAGAUUGUUGUGCUUCCUCAAUAUGAAAGGAUCCCAUUGCCUAAUGAAAAUCUACCUGAUAAGGUUUUAGCUUGUGUUUCUAGUAUACUUGCUUCUGAUUCUGCUUUUUUAUCUGAAGAAAUUAACUCUCUCAGUGGAACUUGGGAUGGUGAGAAAAGGCAAAUAACCAAACAUGCCUACAACCUUCUGCAAUUGGAUAAUGGAGUAAAAAUCCCACCGGAAGGAUGGAAAUGUGAAAAAUGUGACCUUAAAGAUAACCUUUGGUUAAAUUUAACUGAUGGAUCAAUCUUAUGUGGUCGAUCAUUUUUUGAUGGAACCGGUGGUAAUAAUCAUGCUGUUGAACAUUAUCAACAAUUUAAACAUCCUUUAGCUGUGAAACUUGGUACAAUUACUUUUAAUGAGGAUAAAGUAUCAGCCGAUGUGUAUUCGUAUGAUGAGGAUAACAUGGUUGAAGAUCCAUUAUUACCUCAACAUUUAGCACAUUUUGGUAUUGAUGUAAAAGCUUUACGUAAAACUGAGAAAACAAUGUUAGAAUUGGAAUUAGAUUAUAAUCAGAGAAUUGGUGAAUGGGCUAUUAUCCAAGAAUCUGAUGCUAAAUUAAUACCAAUCACUGGUCCUGGUUUAACGGGUAUGGUUAAUUUGGGUAAUUCGUGUUACCUUAAUUCGGUGAUGCAGGUUAUCUUCUCGAUUCCAGAUUUUCAGAAUAAAUAUCAUGAUAGGAAUAUCUUUUGUGAAUCACCUUGCGAUCCAACCAAUGAUUUUACCACUCAAAUGGCUAAACUUGCUCAUGGUUUACUCUCUGGUGAUUACAGUAUACCCUUACAGCCUGGUAACGAAAAUUGUAUCGAACAAAUUGGAAUUAAGCCAACAAUGUUUAAAAAUUUGAUCGGUCGUGGACAUUGUGAAUUUUCAACAAAACGUCAACAAGAUGCACAUGAAUAUUUUCUUCAUUUGGUUAACAUUAUCGAACGACAUCAAACCGGUGGUGCAUCUUCCAAUCCCUUGGAUAGUCUCAAAUUUGAGAUUGAGGAAAGAAUUGAAUGUAAUCAAUCACAUAAAGUUUCUUAUACAACUAGAUCAGAGUAUAUCUUGUCACUACAAAUUCCGUUGAACAAAGCGUUGAACAAAGAUGAGGUUACCGCUUACGAGGAGAAGAAAAAAGCUUCCGGUAAAGAUGAUAAAGUUGACCUUGUCCGAUAUAUUGUUCCCCUUGAAGCAUGUUGUGAUACACUGAUUGAGCCGGAGAUUAUUGAAGAUUUUUACUCUACAGCAAUUAACUCUAAAACAACGGCUUCCAAAAUAACCAAACUCCGAACCUUUCCAGACUAUUUAAUGUUACAUAUCAAAAAGUUUGCCCUUGAUACUAAUUGGGUUCCUAAAAAGUUGGAUGUUUCCCUUCAAGUACCCGAUGAGAUUGACAUUUCUCGUCUUAGAGGUCGAGGUUUACAGGAAGGAGAAGAGCUUCUUGAUGAUACUGUUCCCGCUGGAGCAGAAGGAGGAAGUGGAUCAUCUUCCCAAUCACAUCAACAAUUGAAUUUACCCUCAUCUCAAUCCACAUCGCAUAAAAUUUGUUUAGACUCAAAUCACAUUGAAAGUUUAAGAGAAUUUGGAUUCUGUUUGGACGCUGCUAAACGAGCCUUGGUUCGGACAAAUAAUACCGGUGUUGAGGCAGCUCUUAAUUGGCUCCUAGAAAAUCAAGGUAAUCCCGAAGUGAAUGAACCUUUCGACGAGGAUGUCGGAUUACAGCCACAAAAGCCGAAAUCAUCUGAGGGUUCAUUCAAUUUCUUUGUUCCUGAUUCCAGUGCCUUGGAUUCGUUGAUGAAUAUGGGAAUAAGUCGAGAUAGAGCAACUCGUGCACUUAAAGAAACUAACAACAGUGUUGAAAUGGCUAUCGAUUGGAUCUUCAGUCACGACGAGAAUGAAGAUGAAGUCGGUUUAAUGCAAGUCGAUGCUUGUAAAGUACCCGAUCUUUUCCCUAUUGAACCAGUCAAACCACCGAGUUCACCUCGACCUCUUCGGGAUGGCGGUGAAAAAUACAAAUUAAUUGGUAUUAUCAGUCACAUGGGUAACUCACCAAUGUGUGGACAUUAUGUUUCACACAUUCUUAAAGAUGGACAUUGGGUCAUUUUCAAUGACAAUAAGGUUGCUAUCUCUCAAAACCUACCCAAAGAUCUUGGUUAUCUGUAUUUAUAUGAAAGGAUUUGAUCAAAUUUCUCAAACCAUCAAAUUAUAAUCUCUCUCCACUCUCCUCAUCCUCCAUCUUUGCCCUCCUCCACUUCCACCUCUUCACCUGCGUGUAUUUGAAUUGGCAACAAAAAAAAUCAACUCUAAUUGUUCAAUCAAAUCAAUUAUCAGAAGCAUCUUUAUAUUUGUCUCAUAUAAAAACAAUAUAACACAUCCAACCAACAACAACAAUGAUAAAACAAAACAAAACUCACUCUCACCCGAAAUAAUUAAUGCUAAUUGUCAAAUUAAUCCUUUUUUUCUCGCCUUUUCUAUUCAAAUUGUAAACAUAACUUACACAUACACACACACAUAUACAAUUGUUUAAUUACUAAUCAAUGACUAUUUUAAAAUGAAAGGUUAUUGAUUCAUCUGACAAAAUAAAAAAGAAAAUCAAAAAAUCCAUAUAAA